AACGACGAUAUACAUGAACUUGAGCAAAUUAUCCAAAUGCUGUCUAUCUGUACCGAAAAUGUGUGAUUUUUUUUGAUGUGAAAAAUCAAAUUCAAAUAAAUUGAAAAAUAAAGAAAAGACAACUGUAUUCGACAGAGAAAAAACGAAAUAUUUCAAUACGUGAUGAGAAUCUCUUUGGUUCGGCCAAUCAAUCUUUUUUGAUAUAGAAUCAAAAGACAAAAAGACAGAGUGUGUGAGAUAGAGAGCGAAGAGAGAAACAUACACGCACACAAAGCAACACUGCAACCACAUGAUUAAUACGAACUGAAAUACAACUGUUUUGCGCUUUGUUAUUCUCACUUCGAAUAGAAACUACGAGAUAUUCGUUCAAUCUAUAAUUGUUUCUCAUAUUUUUGGAAAACAUUAUUUUGUUGCCGUUUAAAUCAAUGUAUGGUGUUUCAUUUGGGUUUAUAUUGACCAGAAAGUUGAGCAAAAUCGGAAACUUUAUAGAGCUGAGAUAACUCUCAACAUAAAUAAAAAAAAAAAAAACAACAAAACCGAAGAUGUGAUGUGUGAGGCAGACACUGUGUGUGUAGUAUUUAUUUUUGAAUGUAUGAAAUGAUUUCACAACAUUGAAUCUAUCGAUAAGUGUAUUGUGUAUCAUAUGGACCGAGUGAAACAGAAAAAUUGAAUCAAAAUAGCGAUCACAUUGACAGUGCGGUGGAAAACACCUAUUCGAAACGAACAAACAAAAAAAAGUAUAUAUACACGAUAUCACCAAGAUCACCAAACAUACAGACAUUAUCGAGAUUUUCUUUUGUAUUGUGCAGCAUGUUGUCGAUGCAUUGACAUCUCAAAAAUAACGAUUCCGACAUUUCUUUUGCUUGUAAAUGUUCAUAAUACCAAACCAAAUGCACUGAGAAAAAAAAAUAAUUUGCAUUUUGUGCGUUUUAAAUUGCAGAAUUGAGUUUGAAACAAAAAAAGUGUACAAGACUCGCUUGUAUGAGAAAAACAAUGUCAAAUAUUUAGAUUUAGAUUCCAUUUGCGGCUUAAUUAAAUAAUAGUAACAUUUAAUCGAUCAAAAUGACGAUCAAACCCAUCAAAUCGGACAACAGCGAACCCGAAGUCAAUCAACAACAUCGAGAGCAUCGAGAGUGCUUAAAUAAAAUUUCAUCGCCAAAAAGUCCGUCGACUCAACAUGGCAUCGAACAGCGAAACAGUUUACGCAAUACCGGUUAUGGAGUAGACGAUGUAGUGGUAAAUCGUCAUCGACGCACAAAUCAAAAAAGUGGAUCAUCACACGGUGGUCCGAGCAACAGCAAUACUCAAAAACAUCAUAAGCAGCGCUUAGUGAACAUAAACAGCAGCAGCACAAAUGGCCAGUGCUCGAAUGAUUCGAGUGGCCAGACGAAAAACGAAGAAACCACUGGCAAUAACACAAAUACGGUGCCAGGAAGUGUGCUGCCAACAAUACAAUCAACAUCGUCAAAUGUGAUAACAAACAGUUGCUUCAUCGCUGGCAACAACAGUAGCAAUAAUCUUAACAGUAAUAGUAAUCUUAACAACAAUGGCAACAGUUCAACGACUGUCAACCUCAAUCUCAAGAAUUCACCGGAUCGAGGGCGAGAAAAUGAUGCUGAUGAUGAUCAAAACAACUAUUCGGGAUACAAUAGUGGUGAUGAGCAUCAUGGUCAAAAAUAUGAUUUAACACCAGAACAAUGGGAAGAACGUGAUAAAUUGUUUGUAAAAACAAUGAAUGAUCGCGGUUUUGUCAUCGAAGAAAUUGUCGAGGAUGGUGCAUGCCUAUUCCGUUCGAUAUCUCUUCAAAUUUAUGGCGAUCAGGGCAUGCACGAAAUCAUUCGACAACAAACAAUGGAUUAUAUUUAUCAAAACCGGGAGUAUUUUAUGCAAUUCGUAACGGAAGACAUUGAUAGCUACGUUUCGCGUAAGCGAAACAAUCACGUCCAUGGCAAUCAUAUAGAAAUUCAAGCAAUUUCCGAAAUAUUCAAUCGACCCGUCGAAAUUUAUGCAUAUCACACAGAGCCUGUCAACAUAUUUGGAUUGGAGCAAAUAAAAGAAGGAGUCGAGCCAUUACGUUUAUUGUAUCAACGUGGAUCGCAUUAUAAUGCGAUUCUAAAUCCAUACAAACCGACCGUUGGACUGGGUUUAGGUUUGUCCGGUUAUCGAAUUGUCGAUGAAUCACCGAAUGUAAAGCAUUUACGUGACGCGGUACGUUUGAGCGAAGAUUUGGAAAUCGAACAAACAAUGUUUGAAGAUAAACUCAAAACCACCGAUUGGGAGGCGACCAAUGAAGCAAUCGAAGAGCAAAUUGCUCGUGAAUCAUACUUGCAAUGGUGCCGUGAAAAACAUCAGAAACCAAAACAACAAAACGUCCACAACAAUGUGAUGCAACAACAGCAAUUGAUGCUUUCAUCGAAUACCAUCCAAAGCAGUUCAACAAUAACCUCAACUACCACAGGCGCUACAGCUAGUGUAGCUGGUCCGUAUAGUUAUACGAAACUCCAUUCAAAAUCUUCACGUGAUUCCGAUGACAGUGCUUCAUGCGAAUCGGCCGAUUACUACAGCAACAACUCGUCACCAGCUGCUGGUUCAUCCAAUUCAGAUGAUCGACAACAAGCCGAAAACUCUCGAAGCCGAAAGCGUCGAUCACAUCGACGAAAAGCAUCUCAACAAAAUGUGUGCAAUGCUGGAAUUGCAUCUUUAAAUGAAGUUGCGACCAGCUAUGAAAUGAAUCCGAAUAGCAGCUAUGUGAUGAAUUCAAAUUCGAAUGCUGAUGCAUCGAGCCCGAGUAAAAAGCGAAAAGUCUCCAGUCAAGAUCUACCUGGCCCCUCAACCUAUUAUGCAUCGUCAAAUGAUGCGCCAAUGUCAGAAUUUUAUCAAUCAUUGCUCCAAUCAUCGUACCAGGAUGACUUGAAUUGUAUGUUGAAUAUGAUCCCUCAACAAUCCACAUUUCCUGCUUCACAACUGAGCGAAGAGCAGAUGAUCGAAAAGGCGUUACAAAUGUCUCGGAUUGAGUUUAUGCAAUCGAAGGGAAUGUAAAUGAUAACCACCCAUCACAAACGAAAUUGCAUUGCUUUCAACACAUCAAAGGACAGCGGCACAAAUUCAAAUAGCAAAAACAACAACAAAACA